AUGAUUUCAUCGCUUCCCGCUCUUGGGUUCUUUCUGGCUCUUGCGGAUAUCACAAAUGCUGCCUUUAAACCCCCGUUCAACAAUACUCUUGAAAAGGGAGUAGCGACUGAAUGCAAGACUUGUCCAUAUUCGCUUUGCACAAAUAAGGAAUACUACGAUUACGACACCGUUGUAUCGCUCAUCUGCUGGACUACUGGUACAGCCAUCGAUGGUGAUAGUACGUGGUUGAGGACAAGCGAUGACUGCUAUAUAACCCAAUACGAUCUCGCCGAUUACGCUGGAGAAUAUGAAACCGACCUCAGCUUUUGUGGCCAAGAUUCUACUAUUGAGCAUAUAACAACAGCUUCUGCAACCACAAAAUAUAAUACCGAAUGCAAUAUCUGUGAUGAUAACGCGAGUUGCGAGGUUAUCAAAUAUCUGAAAUAUGGAACUGAUAUUACGGUGACUUGCUGGACUGAUCUUGGAGAUCUCGUGAUCAAUGAUAGUACCUGGUUGAAAACCACAGAUAACUGCUAUGUGGCACAAAUUGGCCUCGAAGAGCCCGCUGAUAAAUCAGAGCUUGACUAUUGCGGCCCUGUAGGCUUCAUUCAAGUAAACUACACGACACCAGAGAAACGUGCACCUUCUCCACUCAAUUCUAGCAAGAACUCACAUGGCUUCCUCGCUAAGCACUCGCCCCCUUCCUUGUCUAACGAUCUUCACAAACGCUACCUUCUCAACAUCACAGUUGGCGAGGAUUACGCUCCUUGCUACAGUACCCCUCUUCAGCAAGUCAAUUGGUCAAGAGUUAUGAAUGGGAUCAUGGUGUUUGGGUACAAUGCUAUGUGGAUAGUUUCGAAAACACAAAUCCCAAUGAGACGUAUUGAUUUCUGUUAUGUGAGAGAGGUGGAUUUCUGGGAGAGUUUGUUCGAUCAAUAUCGAUUCCCGAAUUGUAACUUGUUCGAUGGUGGAGAUGGAAGUGGGGAUACAGUUGAUGCUCGUGAGGUUUCUGACUAG